AUGCAGGCCCUCAUUAGGGCUCAGGUGGAGCAGAUCAACAAAUUGGAGGAAAUGCUGCAGCAGGUUCUGACCCAACAGCGCUCCGCUCAGUCCAACAUGCAGGAACUUAGCGAUAACUGCCACAAUCCUCUGGUGUCAGCGCUGCCUCCCUUGUCCUUCCAGAGCUCGUCUCAGUCCUCGGGCAGCCAUGCUGCUUUCUCCGCCAAGCUGAACAGGAGGGAGGGAGCAGGAGGCUGGUCCCCCAUGAUGAUGGACCACAACCCCUGGCUGCAGGUGGACCUGCGGGAGCUGAUGGAGGUGAUGGCUGUGGCCACACAGGGCCGCUACGACAGCUGGGACUGGGUCAGCAGUUACCUGUUGCUCUACAGCGACACGGGGCACAUCUGGAAACAGUACAGCCAAGAGGACGGGCUGGAGAGGUUUGUCGGGAAUGUCAACUCAGAGUCCGUCGUCCAGAACAAGCUGUUCCACCCGCUGAAGACUCGUUUCCUACGCUUCGUCCCUCUGGACUGGAACCCCAGCGGUUACAUCGGCCUGAGGGUGGAGGUGUUCGGAUGCUCCUACAAGUCCUAUGUGGCUGAUUUUGAUGGCAGGAGCUCGCUGCUGUACCGGUUCAACCAGAAGUCCAUGUCAACUGUGAAGGAUGUGAUUUCUCUGCGCUUCAAGAGUCACCAAGCUGAGGGUGUGUUACUGCAUGGAGAGGGCCAGAGGGGGGAUUACAUGACCCUUGAGCUGCACCGAGGACGUCUGGACCUCUACCUGAAUCUGGAUGACAGUCGGCCGAGGGUCAGCAGCCGCCGGGUUCCCAUCACCGUGGGCAGCCUGCUGGAUGACCAACACUGGCACUCCGUCCACGUGGAGCGUUUCAACAGACAGGUUAACGUGAGCGUGGACGCUCACACCCAGCACUUCCAGACCAAAGGAGAGGGAUGUUCUCUGGACGUGGACUAUGAGCUGAGUUUUGGAGGCAUCCCGCUCCCUGGUAAGCCCGGCACCUUCCUGAGGAAGAACUUCCUGGGCUGCAUGGAGAACCUAUACUACAACGGGAUCAACAUCAUAGACCUGGCAAAGAGACACAAACCACAGAUACACAGCGUGGGGAAUGUGACCUUCUCGUGUUCUCUGCCCCAGCUGGUGGCCUGCACCUUCCUGAGCUCCAGCAGCAGCAUCCUGUCACUCCCACCUGCUGUUUCCCCCAUCGGGGAGUUCUCGGUUCGGUUCCAGUUCAGGACCUGGAACCCUGAGGGGCUCCUGAUGUUGCUGCAGCUCGACCCAAAUCCACAGAAGCUGGAGCUGCAGAUCAGCAACAGCUGGCUCCACCUGAGCCUUCACGGCGCCGGGCGACAGAAAUCAGAGCUUUCUGCAGUCCUCUUCGCCGCCUGCCGCGGCCUCCAAGUCCUCUUUGUCGCCUGCCACGUCAUCCAAGUCCUCUUCGCCGCCUGCCGCGGCCUCCAAGUCCUCUUCGCCGCCUGCCGUGGUCUCUCUGGUCCUAUGUGUCUGCCCAACCUGUGUGAACACGGCGCUCGUUGCUCGCAGACCUGGACCACCUUCUCCUGUGACUGCUCAGGAACCGGAUACUCCGGAGCCACGUGUCACAACUGUCACGUCCAGCUCAGCGGAGCCGCCUGUCACUUGGAGCUGCCUUCCAUCUGUGAGACUGCAGUAACCCAUUCCCCAUCUCUUCUGCUUCUUGCAGCCAUCUUUGAGGCGUCCUGUGAGGCCUACAGACUGAGUGGUGGCUCCUCGGGCUUCUACUUCAUCGAUCCAGAUGGGAGCAGUCCCCUGGGGCCCCUGCAGGUGUUUUGCAACAUGACAGAAAAGAAAGUUUGGACAGUUCUGUCCCACAACAACACGGCUCUGGUCCGAGUCCAGAACUCAUCUCUGCAGAAACCUCACGUCACAACGUUCAGCUACAAUGCAUCAGCCGAACAACUUCGAGCCGUCGUAUCUGGGUCAGACCAGUGCCAGCAGGAAGUAGUUUAUACCUGCAGGAAGUCCCGCCUCUUUAACACAAAGGAUGGCAGUCCGCUGUCCUGGUGGCUGGAUCGGGAAGGAGAGCGCAGGAGCUACUGGGGGGGCUUCCUGCCUGGAGUCCAGCAGUGCUCCUGCAGCCUGGAGGAGAACUGCAUGGACAUGAACUACUUCUGCAACUGCGAUGCUGACAGAGACGCAUGGACCAACGAUACGGGACUCCUCUCCUACAAAGAUCACCUCCCAGUGAGCCAGCUGGUGGUCGGAGACACCGACAGGAUGGGCUCGGAGGCGCUCCACCACAUCGGUCCUCUGCGUUGUUAUGGAGACAGGUCCCUGUGGAACGCCGCCUCCUUCUACCAGGAGUCCUCCUACCUGUACUUUCCCAGCCUGCAGGUGGAGCUGACCUCUGACAUCUCCUUCUACUUCAAGACCGGGUCUCCCUCAGGAGUCUUCUUGGAGAACCAGGGCCUGAAGGACUUCAUCAGACUGGAGCUGAGCUCCCCUCUGGUGGUGACCUUCUCCUAUGAUGUGGGCAACGGUCCGGCGGUCCUGUCCGUGAAGUCCCACCUCCCGUUGAAUGACAGGCAGUGGCACUACGUGAGGGCAGAGCGAAACGUGAAGGAGGCCUCUCUGCAGGUCGAUCAGCUGCCGCUACGCUUUCUGGAGGCUCCGGCUGAUGGACACCUUCGCCUCCAUCUCAGCAGCCAGCUGUUUGUAGGGGGAGCAGCGUCCCAGCAGAGAGGCUUCCUGGGCUGCAUCAGAUCCCUGACGGUCAACGGAGUGAACUUUGACCUGGAAGAAAGAGCCAAGAUGACACCUGGCGUGAGCUCUGGCUGUCCCGGCUACUGCAGCGGCUCCAACAGCCUCUGCCACAACCGAGGGCGCUGCAUCGAGAAGAGCAACGGCUACAUCUGCGACUGCUCGCAGUCCGCCUACGGGGGGGCCAUCUGCAACCAAGAGGUGUCGGUGUCCUUCGACAGAGAGUCCUCUGUGACUUACACCUUCCAGGAGCCCUUCUCGGUCAUGCAGAACAGGAGCUCUCACGCCGCCAGCAUUUCCACAGACAGCAGGGCGAGAGAGGACAUGGCCUUCAGCUUCGUCACCAGCCAGAAGCCAGCCAUGCUGAUGACCAUCAGCACCUUCAGUCAGCAGUACAUCGCCGUUAUCCUCACCAGGAACGGAAGUCUUCAGAUCUGGUAUCACCUUCAGACGGACAGGAGUCCGGACAUGUUCAGUCCGGUCCUGAGUGACCUGGCAGACGGACGUCUUCAUCGGAUCAGAAUCCACAGAGUUGGCAAAAACGUUUAUGUUCAGGUGAGCAGUCCGCAGCCAGAAACUGAAGAAAUCUACAAAAGUUAA